AUGGGCAACCAAUCCAUUGUGACAGAAUUUCUUCUAACUGGAUUUGUGGAUGACCAUGACACACAGAUUUUGCAUUUAUUGAUGUUUCUUUCUAUUUAUUUAACAGCUGUAGUGGGAAAUCUUCUGAUCAUCGCAGCUGUCACUCUAGACCAUCAUCUUCACAACCCCAUGUAUUUCUUUCUGGCCAACCUUUCAUUUUUAGAUGUUUGCUAUAUUUCUACUACAGUUCCUAAAUCCAUAGCUGUUUCAGUUACAAAAAACAAACUGAUUUCUUUUGCUGGAUGUGUUGCACAGGUCUUUUUAGUUGUCACAUUUGUUGGAGGAGAACUUUUUUUGCUCACUGUCAUGGCCUAUGACCGAUAUGUAGCCAUCUGCCACCCUCUGCAAUACAAUAUGAUCAUGAAUUCUAAUGCUUGCAUUCAGAUGGCAGCUACGGCCUGGAUAAGCAGCCUGAUCCAUGCAGUGUUAGAAACUAGUCUGACAUUCAGUGUGAACUUUUGUGGAUCCAAUAAAAUUGGACAAUUUUUCUGUGAUAUGGCUCUGUUGCAAAAAAUGACUUGCAUUGAUUCAAAUGUUCACACAAUUCUCAUUCUCAUCCUUGGGGUCAUUAUAGUCACAUUUUGCAUUGGACUCCUGUUUGCUUCUUACGGAUAUAUCUUUUCUGCAGUGCUGAAGAUUCCCUCAGUUCAAGCAAGAUAUAAAGCAUUCUCAAUGUGCACUCCUCAUCUGACUGUUUUUUCCUUAUUUGUCAUCACAGCUACUUUUUCAUAUAUGAUUCCAAAAACCCUUUCGACCCCAAUUGUGGACUUGGUUUCUGCAUGUCUGUAUACACUUUUGCCACCUGUUCUAAAUCCCAUCAUUUACAGUUUAAGGAAUAAGGAUAUACAAAAAUCUGUCUGGAAAAUAUCUUCCAGAUUAAAAUAUCUCCUAGGAUGA